GGGGGAGUCAACUAAAUACAAACCCAAUCCGACCAAGAACACUUUAAACUACAGGCGCCCAGUCCGUCUUCUGGAAGAGACGAGGCAGAAAAAAGGGCAAUCUUCCAGAUAUCAACGUUGGGAGAACCAGAAACAGGAACCGAGAAAGCACCAGAACGACUACUGGAAGAACCGUCGUUAGCUAAGCAAUGCAGCUCAUCCUCUGGCAGAUCAACUUACCCUGGUGGCCGCGAGAUUAUCCGGAAAGCCUUUAUAAUGAAGGGCGUACCCAGGGAGGCAAUCAAUACAAUACUCGGCUCACUUUCUACUUCAACCAUUAAUCAGUACAAUACCACAUACAAACAUUGGUGGAAUUUUUGCGAUAAGAAUGAAUUUUCACCUUUUGAUGGAAACCCUAACAAUAUUUUAGCAUUUCUACAGAACCUUUUGGAGACAUCUAAUAAUAGCUACGGUUCAUUCAACAGUCACAGGUCAGCCCUAUCCUUAAUAAUGCCGAACGAUAUAGGAAAUCACCCCCAUAUAAAACGUUUUUUGAAGGGUGUGUUCCGUAAACGACCACCUACUGCAAAAUACGACACCACGUAGGAUCCUAGUCAGGUUUUAGAUUACCUGCGCAACACAACAUCCUCUGAUCUAAAAUCCUUAUCGAUGAAAUUAGUAACUCUAUUAGCAUUAGCGUCGGGCCAGAGGAUGCAGACAUUAUCUCUCAUCAAAUGUUCAAACAUCCAAGAAACCGAGGAGGGCAUCAAAAUAUUCAUCCCUGAUCAUACAAAGACUUCAGGUCCAGGGAGGUUUCAACCCUUCAUAAACCUUCCAUAUUUCAAAGAAGAGUCGAGGUUAUGCACAGCUUCCUUGCUUAAACAAUAUCUCUUACAGACGAAGGUUGUUAGGCAAAAUGACAACCUCUUCAUCACCUACAAGAGCCCACAUGGAACGGCCUCAAAACAAACGCUGAGUAGAUGGGUGAAAGAAAUAUUGAAAGCAUCUGGAAUAAGUGACUCGUACAACUCUCAUUCUACAAGACAUGCUUCCACCUCAGAUGCCUUCAGAAAGGGCCUUCCUCUAGACGCAAUUAGAAGAUCUGCCGGCUGGAGCUCUUCCUCCCGCAUCUUCAAUAAAUUCUAUAAUAGACCUUUAGCUGAAAAAAAUACAUUUAUGGAAACUGUAUUCAAAUAAUAAUAGUUCGGAAGGUUAGAAUCACAUUUUCGUUUAAUGCCUAAAUUUUUUAAUUUUCUAAUAAAACCUUAUAAAUCACAAUUUUCUUUCGUUUACUUUACUAUGAGUUGGCAAUUCCUAUAUCUUUAAACAGCUACAUGGUAUUCUAGGUGAUAUUGAGGACUGGACGCCGAAAUAUAAUUACUAGAUCAAAUGAACUUACCUGAAGUUCGAUCGUAAUUAUAUGAGGCGUCCAGUCCGAAAAUAUCACCUAGUACCCUACCCA